AAACAUCAUGCUUCAGAGCAAAGACCACACAUGGUGGAGAGCCAUUCCGAGGAAACUUUUCCGAUCAUCGCCAUCGCGUCGCCAUCCCAACAACACAAAUAACGGCAACUUCAGCCAAGAACUCAACAGCAGCCCACAAGAAGUGAAUGCCGGUUCAGAUUUUCUGUCCAAGGAAGACAUGGCAGCCAUUGCAAUACAAUCAUGCUUUAGGGGUCAUCUUGCAAGACGAGCUUAUAAGGCCCUACGGAGCUUGGUGAAGCUGCAGGCUCUUGUACGAGGGGUUUUAGCUAGAAGACAGGCUCGGAUAGCUCUGGAUUGCAUGCAUGCACUGGCUCGCCUUCAGAUCACGGUUCGAGCUCGGCAGCUGCUGCUGAACACUUAGUACACAUCAAAGGAGCUAUAUGUAAAGCAAGAAACAUCGCAGCAAUUGUGACAAGCAAGAAUCAGCAAUUUACAAUACAUGUAUAUUUUCAUUUUUUUCUUUUCCUGAAGAAUAAAUCCACAUCUCUUACAAUCAAGACUAGAGUUUAUGGACAGGACAAUGGUUACACAACUUGUACAAAUCAUUAACAGAGUAUACCAAGGACUAUAUACUGAUCAUUAGAAGAAAAAGAUCAGGAAUGUUAGAAGAGAAUGGACAGAGCCAAUUAUAUUGUA